AUGGAGGCUACCUUGAGUGGCAAUGAAACAGAGAAGGAGGAGGAGGAAGAAAAUUAUGCUGAGCAAGCGCAACAUCGGCAACAAGAACAGCAGCAACAACAUCGUCGACAAACGCAGAAUAGUGAACUUAAGACGCUUGGGAGGGAAGCGUCAUUUUCAAUACGGCCGAUUCCUGAUGGCGCGAAUGCCAUACAAUGGAUAGAAAACGCAUUCCGUGAGUUACACGCCUACAUUUUACGCUCGAGCGCUCCGUCCGAUUACGUCGGAUUAACUUUUUAUUCGGCGGAGCUAACGCAUGGACCGGCCGGCUUAUCAUUCCGUCCGGCGCGAGACUUAACUCCCGAGGACAUUUGGCACCUCGUGAGUUCAGUAGCGCAAAGUGCCGGCGGAAUGGAUGUGGCGCAAAAUUUUUUGCGCGAAUUAGCGUUAGAAUUAGUGCGUAACGCAGGUGUCGUAAUCCCAGAAGAGGGAUGCGGAAUUCCACAAAUUGAACGCUUCCAACGGUUUCUCCUACCCGAAAAUAUUGCAAUAUUAGUUUAUAACUUUAGUACUUUCGGGCGUGGUGAGAAACCGUUGUACGACGGCUCCGCGUUACUAGGAUCGUUAGGACGCGAACCCUCGUAUUGUCUUAACAUCAUGUACUAUGAGCGUUCGCGUCACUACAAUCCGAUUUUAAAUUUAAAAGCCGCAGCCGGUUCACGCGGAGGGUACUGUGUCGCAUGUAACGUAGGCUAUCGUCCGAAUAAGGGGCACCGUUGCGCGAAAAAAUGUCCGCGGUGUUACGCAGCGUCGCAUUGUGAAAAUUACGAUGCGAUGCUCGUCAGAUGCGGGAAAUGUAAACGCAGCUUUUUCGGGCAAGCGUGUUAUAAUCGACAUCGCGAAGUCAACUCAUAUGACAGCAAAUCGCACGCAUCCGUUUGUGAUUCUGUUAAAGUUUGCGACGGAUGUGGGCGAUUUGUCAAAUCGGGAACGGAACAUAAAUGCGACGAGUCGUAUUGCAAGACGUGCCGCUCGCCCCGUCCGUCGAAUCAUCAAUGUUACAUGCAACCUCUUCGCCGCAAAACCGUAGUCGAAGAUCCUGGCGAGGGUACGAGUACGGGUAAACGGGUAGAGGUUGUGCGUAACAAAGAUAACGACGAAUUGACGAACAGUCGUAGCAAAGGUCUCGUCGCGUUUGUGUUUUAUGACUUUGAAACACGUCAAGACGAGCUGCUACAAGGUAGUGAAGACUCCUAUCUUCACGUACCAACUCUCUGCGUCGCGCAUCAAGUUUGCGAAGCAUGCUCCGCGCUAGAGGAAGACGCGACGCGCUGUCGUUGGUGUGGGAUACGCGAAUUUGUGUUUCGAGAUGAUCCUGUGAAACAAUUCGUUGAUUUCGUAACUCGAUCGACGAAAUGUUUCAAAAAGAUCAUCUGUAUCGCGCAUAACGCGAAAGCAUUUGACGCACAAUUCAUAUUAAAAUAUUUAGUAGAAAAGACGGAAAUGACAGAAAAACCCGAGUUAAUUUUGAACGGGACAAAAAUAAUCGCGAUAACGCUUGGUCAUGUUAAAUUUAUAGACAGCGUAAAUUACAUGCCCAUGCGUUUAUCCGAAUUACCCAAGGCUUUCGGGCUGAGGGAUACGUCGGAUAAAGGUGUAUUUCCUCAUCUUUUCAAUACGAUCGAAAACCAGACGUAUGUCGGACCUUUACCCGACAUUCGAUAUUUUUGUCCCGAUCAAAUGAAAUCGGAAGAACGCGAACAAUUUUUAGCUUGGCACUCAAAGUUGUCUAACGAAGGUUACAUCUUUGAUUUCCAACGCGAAAUUGUUCGCUACUGCCGUAACGACGUCGUCAUUCUUCGGCGCGCGUGUAUGGAAUUCAGAAAAAUCUUUCUGGAGCGCGGUGACGUGUGUCCCUUCGAGGAAUGCACGACUAUCGCAUCAACGUGUAUGAAAGUUUUUCGUAAAAACUUUCUACGCAGUGAUGAAAUAGGCGUGAUUCCGUCGAAGGGAUACAGAAAUGCAGACAAGCAAUCGCAGAAAGCUCUGCGCUGGCUUGUGUGGAUGGAGCGCGAACUCGGUCAUCCGGUCAUUCACGCGGGUCGAGGACGCGAGCACGUAAUUGCAGGCGCGACUGUUGACGGAUAUUACGAGACGGAGACUGCUAACGAGACACGACGUUACGUUUUACAAUUCCACGGUUGUUUUUGGCACGGGUGCCCAAGUUGCUUUCGCGUUAAUCGUGAUCGUACACUUUUAUCCGCGAAUCCCGAAGACACCAUCGACACGCGUUACGAGCGAACUCUCGCGCGGACAUGGCGUCUUCAAAGACUAGGAUAUCGCGUGACCGAAAAGUGGGAGUGCGACUUUGAUCGAGAGGUGCGAGAAAAUCGGGAAAUGCAUACUUAUUUCGAAAAUCACGCGUUAUUGAAACUCGCACCUCUCAAUCCACGCGAGGCAUUUUACGGCGGACGUACCGAGAACAUCGCGACCCACUACGAAGUUAAGGGUACAGAGAAAAUACGUUACGUCGACGUAUGUUCUUUGUACCCUUACGUAUUGAAAACCGGUGCUUUCCCGAUUGGUCAUCCCGAUAUUUACAUUGGUGAAGAAUGCGGUAGAUUAAUCGGGACAGCACCGAAUUUUAAUUUUGAUAACGUAGAGGGUCUUGUCCGCUGUAAAGUACUCCCACCGCGCGAACUAUAUCAUCCGGUGCUCCCCUAUCGCGUUAACGGGAAAUUAAUAUUCGGACUAUGCCGUAGUUGCUGCGAAACCUUCUCGACGUUACCCUGCACUCACGAUUCUCCCUCCGAUCGUGAAUUCGAGGGUACAUGGGUGUCCUGCGAAUUGCGCAAGGCUGUCGAGAAGGGUUAUUUCGUGACGGAAGUGAGCGAAAUUUGGCAAUAUAAUGUCACGAGGUACGACCCCGGUACUCGGCAGGGUGGCUUGUUUGCCGAAUACAUAAAUACUUUCCUGCAAUUAAAGCAAGAAGCCAGCGGCUGGCCGAGCGAAUGCCAGGACGACGAGGUUAAAGAACGUUACCUUCGGGAGUACGAGAAAACCGAAGGUAUCGUUCUUGAAAAAAAUAAUAUUGCACGAAAUUCUGGCCUUCGUUCGGUCGCUAAGCUGUGCUUAAAUUCCUUUUGGGGAAAAUUCGGUCAACGAGCUAAUCUGCCUAAGACCGAGAUCGUGAAAACGUUUCAUCAUUUUGCCACUUUGCUCACGAGUCCUGAACACGAAAUAACCGGUAUAUUACCCGUCAACGACGAGGUAAUGUACGUUUCGUGGCGGCUACGCGAGGAAGCGGUCGUAGCCUCGCCGAUAACAAAUGUCGUUAUCGCUGCCUAUACGACGGCACAGGCGAGGCUUGUAUUAUAUAGUUAUUUAGAAAAAUUAGAUAAAAGAGCCUUAUAUUGCGAUACAGACUCGUGUAUUUACUUAAGUUCUGGUGUUCCGAACGAGUACGAACCGCGUACGGGUAACUUUUUAGGUGACAUGACGGACGAACUCAAAAGCUAUGGCAGCGGUAGCUUUAUCGAGUCGUUCGUAUCAGGAGGACCGAAAUUUUAUGCGUAUGUGGUUCGUACGCCGCAAGGAAACACCCACGAGGUCUGUAAAGUAAAGGGUAUAACGUUAAAUUACAAUAAUUCUAAGCUCUUAAAUUUCCGUACUAUAAGCAACUUAAUAUCGGGGAUAGAAGAAGAAGAAGAGGAAGAAGAGACAACGGGAAGGGAUGGCGUGGUAAAACUGCGUUUUAGUGCAAUUCGGCGUACAGCGUUUCACGAAAUCGUGACACGAACCGAGAAAAAAUCCUGUGCGCCGGUAUUGCUAAAACGCAGAUUUAUCGAUAAGCGCUAUUCGUUCCCGUAUGGAUUUUGUUAA